AUGCAGUUCAAGAACGCUAUCUUCACUAUCGGCGUCCUCAUCAGCGCCUGCACCGCUGCUGCUGUCCCUGAAGCUCAGCCCCCUACCCCUGAUCUCUCCAAGCGCGCUUGCAACGAGGAUGGAUACGCUAAGUGCACUCAAGCGUGUCAGAUGGGACCCGGUGGCGCUCCCCUUGGAUGCUGGGCUGGAUACCCUUUAAAGGAUGCUGCGCUACUUGGGACUGCUGUUAAUUCGCCCGUCUGA